CCGAACCCAGCCGAGUCCUUCCGAACCCAGCCGAACCUUACAGAACUCGGCCGACCCCCGCCGAGCCCCUAGUUUAAACCGAGCUCGCGCGCCGCGCUGGGCUCCACGCGUGCGCGGCCGUUGAACGGUCACAGAGGUGGCGGAGGAGGAGCCGGGCGGGAGACCGCGGAGCGGCUCCGGGCCCCGCCGGUUACCUCUGUGUCCCCCUCAGCCCUUCCUCCUUCUCCUCGCUCCCUGAGCUGCCCCUGGGGCUGGCGGCUUCUCGGUGAGCGCCCGCGUGUUGCAGUCAGCGCCCGCCGGGAGAGGGGAGCCCCGAGGAGAAAUGACUACCCCAAACAAGACACCACCUGGUGCUGAUCCAAAGCAAUUGGAGAGGACUGGUACUGUUAGAGAAAUAGGAUCACAAGCAGUUUGGUCACUUUCGUCUUGUAAACCAGGAUUUGGAGUGGAUCAGUUAAGAGAUGAUAAUCUAGAAACUUACUGGCAGUCAGAUGGAUCACAGCCUCAUUUGGUGAACAUCCAGUUUAGGAGAAAAACAACAGUGAAGACAUUAUGUAUUUAUGCAGACUAUAAAUCUGAUGAAAGUUACACUCCAAGCAAAAUCUCUGUCAGAGUAGGAAAUAACUUUCAUAAUCUCCAGGAAAUCCGGCUACUUGAAUUAGUCCUAGAUCCAACAUUUCCUUUGAAUUUGGAUAAUGUCACACAGGUGGAAGUAGAAUUAUUAAAAAAAAAAAAAGGAAACAAAAAAACACAACAGUGGAAGACCUAACAGGUUUCACUGUGUACUACAAAAAGAUUACUUUGGUUAGAAAACAAAAUGGGAAAGAUGGCAUUUGAGAAACAAGUCUGAAAAACAGUCUAGUUAGCUGCUAAAUAAACUUUAGAGAUGAAGGUUUAAAAAAAGCACCAAGAUUUGUAAAAAGGGGGAUAGUGUAUUUCACCUUAAGUAAGGGACAAUGUGUAAUAAGGGAUUUUGUGGUUUUACAGCUCGGUGCAUGUGUUUGAAAGCUGUUCUCUCAGCAACGUGGGUGGCAGGUUAUGCUACCAUAUAAUGUAUUGUAGUUGGCUCUCCACACUUGUCAGGGUUAGCGUUCAACCAUUCGGAAAAUUUUCCCAUUGUUCUGUCAUGUGAACCAAGGCUAGUGUUGAAUUCCCAAUAACCUUCUGCAGGAAAAAGAGGUUUAAUUAGAAAGUUUGAAAUUUGAUUACUUCUGUUAUUGUCUUAAUGUACUUUACGAUAACUUAGGUGUUUAUCUGCAAAUGUGAUCAUUUUUUUCUCAGAAAUCUGAAAAAACAAACUUAACACUGUACCGCAGUUGCUUCAACACUGUUUUAAAAGAAAACUUGUAUACCCAAUUCUGCCUUUCUUCAGCAUUAACACUCUAUUUCCAUCUUAAACAUGUUUGCUUUAGAUGGAUCAUAGCUUUUGGCAGCUACCGCAUUUUUAGCAAAUAAUACUGUUUCUAGUAAGAGUUGCAAAAAAAAAAUCUUUGUGUGAGGUCCUUGUAAACUGAACCUUGGGAACGUUAUGUUAUUUCUGUAUUUUCCCUUCUUUUGUGCUUCUUCUCUAUUUGUGACAUGGUUAUAAAUUACAUCAUUUGAACCAGAGAAUUAAAAGCCUUUUAUUUAGUGAUUUCAGUAAUUUAAAAGAGAGAAUGUUUGUUAUACAUGUAUUUUUUCUUUUUACCUGUUAUUUCAGAGCCUGGCACACAGAAAUAAGCAAUUAUGGUAUUGAAAUUCCAUUGUGCCAGCACCUCCAGGGCAUAAUCCAAAAAAAAAAAAAAAAAAAAAAGAAAAAAAUCGCCUGCUGGGUUGUAUGCAGUAUGCUUGUGUGAACAUCAGUGUCUGCUGUUCGCACAUCAUUUUUUACUGAAAGUUCCUGUUGGAAUAAAGGUUCUGUGUUUGGAGAGUGCACUUUAUUUGAUAUCUGUUGGUCAACAGUUUUUCAAAGUUUGUAGGCAUUUGUGAUUACAGUUACCAAUGUAGGCUCACAAGAUACUUUUUGCAGAUAGUCAUUAAUGCUUCAGAAUUAAGAAAAGCAGAUACUAGGUCCUGGCAAUAUAAAUGAGUAUAGCAAGAAAGCUUGAUGCUCUUCACAACUACAUUUAAACAUUCUGUUUGGAGACGGGACAUGGACAGGUGGGUGGAGGGGUAGAUGACAGCAUGACGGAAAAGACUCAAAUAAUUAACCUGCUUCAAUAUUUUAACCCUU